GUUGCUCUUCACACCUCAAACCCACUCGACCCACGCGGUUCUUCUCUCCCCCCCCCCCCCCCCCCUCCCAGCUACGUUCUAAAACAUCGAAGAGCUGGACUCAGCUUACAAGUAUAUAUAUCUUUUUUUGCGGAUCCAGACAGGUUCAGUCCCAGCCUCUUUACUUUCCCAUCCCACACUGAGAAACCACACCGCACGCACCCAAGGAUCCGACACUAGCGGGUUGCUAUCCGAGAGUUACCAAGGUCACCAUGUCUGCAGAACCGUCUCGCCGCUUGAUGGAGCGCGGUGAGGCUCGGGAGGCCGCGAUUUCGAGGAUAACUAGCCAGGACGCCCACGACGAGUCGACGCACAGCUUCGCAUCCUACGAGGACGACCUGCCCGAGCUGCUCGUGAACGUCGACGAUGACUGCCUGAUCGAGGAAGCCACGGUGAUGGACGCUAAGGAGAUCACGAUCGAGACGCCGAUCGUCCCGGAGAAGAGCGCGCUGCGCAGGGCGAGGCUCCUGCGAAACCUCACGAUCGACACCACGGCCAAGCCGCGCACCGACCCCCACGACGUCUACCUCUCCUCGGAAGAGGACGCCUCGUCGUCCGCCGACGACUUUUCCGACUACGACUCCGACAGCGACGAGUCCGACGACGCCCCGGCGCGACGCAAGAGCCAGGAGGACACCGCGAGGGCGGUCUCGGUCGUGUUCGUGGGACGGCCCUGCGUCGUCGACCUGACGAGCGGCCGGCGGUCCGCCUCGCCCGUGCGGACACCGCGCGCGCGAUCGUCGUCGCCCGCGCUCCGCAGCGACUCGCUCAGCAGCCGGUCGAGCCGCCCACCCCGCGAGGGCAGCCCGUUCUCGACGCAGGAGAUGCCGCGCGAGAGCCCGGCCUUCCUCACGCAGGACCCGUUCGCGGGCGAGAGCUACAGCAAGCCGGAGCCGCCGUUCAAGACGACGGCGCCCGGCGGCCGCGGCGGCGGCAGCGCGGCGCACGCGCGCGCCCCGAUGCUGCCGUUCCGCCGCUUCCGCGGGUCGCUGAGCCUGGCGCGCAAGCGCAGCCGGCCGAACCUCAAGGCGGCGGCCUCGCGCGACAGCCUGCUGCUGGACCCGGCGGCGUCGGCGUCGACCUCGAGCCUGCACGCGCUGAGCUCGCCGAGCCCGCCCGGGGGGGAGGAGGAGGAGGAGCCGCCGCGGCGCAAGUCGAUGCACCGCCGGCCCGAGUCCGCCGUCGCCUCCGCCUUCCCCGACCUCCCCGUCACCUACCACGACAUCAUGGCGUCCGCGAGGCGCAACGCCGGCGCCCACCUGCUCACGAAGCGGCCCACGAGCCCCACCACCCCCAAGAGGGGCAUCCUCAGCGGCCUCCACAUGAACCGCCGGCGGAGCCUGCUGCUCAAGCCGUGAAUUCGGAGCACGCGCACGCUCUCCAACUAGCUACUGUUAUGGAUUUUAUCCCUUUUCUUUGCUGCUCUCUCAGUCUCCUCUUUUUUUCCCUUUCCUAGUCUCUCGCUUUCCUAUCUUUUUUUAUACUCUCGUUACUACUACUAUUACAACUACUACCUAAUUGCAUGGACGGCGUUACGAGAAUAUGUGGAGCUCGGGUUCCGGACAGGGGGGCAGGGGCAGGGGGUGAAGAAAGAGGGAGGGGAGGGUAAGGCCACUGUCACGAUUCUGUUUUUUUUCUUAGCCUCUACUUCGUCCCCUACCGCACGACUACGGAUGCGAGGGGAAGCGCUUUACAGUACCAGGUUUACUGCUGGGAACGCUAUAUACGAUUUUCCUGUACUUUUUAAUCUAUAUUCUGGAUGGUGGCCCGGGCAACAUGGAGGAGGAGGUGGAGGCGGGGUAGACCAGAGAAGGGUGAAGAAGAAACGGAAGUGUGUGGUUGAGACCUUAGGAGGACGUAUCUCUCCAUAUCUCUCUGUCUCUGUGUCUCUGCAUGGCUAUCUCUUCCCGAUGGGGGGCGCGGAAGAGGGAUUUCGAAGCAGGUAGCAAAAAUAGGCUGGCGAAGAGGAUCUCUUUUUUUGCAUGCAUGCGGGUGGUUCGAAUGAUGAUUGAUUGAUCGGCGCUGCUGGCUCUACUAUAGCACAAGAGGCUAGACGACGAAAUGAUACCACGCUACUAUA